AUGCGUACAAUUUUUGAUAGUGAGGAAAGCGACUGUGUGCUGUUAGUUGAUGCGUCAAAUGCGUUCAAUGCUCUGAAUCGACGGGCUGCUCUCCAUAACAUUCGAAUCCUAUGCCCAACAAUUGCUACUGCUCUCAUCAACACGUACAGGGAUUCAAUCUCCUUGUUUGUAAUUGGUGGUGACAUCAUUGCAUCUUUGGAAGGAACAACACAAGGAGAUCCCCUUGCCAUGUCAAUGUAUGCAUUGGGUAUCUUGCCUUUGAUAAAUCGAAUUGCUGGUUUAUGCAAACAGGUGUGGUUCGCUGAUGAUGCAACUGGUUCAGGAAAGUUAAAGAAUGUUCGUCAAUGGUGGAGUGCAAUCGUUGAACACGGUCCAACCUUUGGUUACCAUCCAAAUGCCACGAAGACCUGGUUAAUUGUAAAAGAGAAUUUGAUGGAAGAAGGAAGGAAGGUGUUCUGCGAUACCAGUGUAAACAUAACAAAUUCAGGAAAACGGCACCUGGGUGCGGCACUAGGUGACACAUCUUUUGUCAACGAAUAUGUUGGUUGCAAAGUCCAGGAUUGGGUUCAACAAAUUGAGUCUCUUUCAGCCAUUGCUUGUACAAAUCCUCAUGUCGCCUACUCAGCCUUUGUCCAGGGCCUAGUUCAUAAAUGGUCAUACCUUUUCCGCACUGUCCCUGAUAUUGCGUCUGUUGUGAAACCUUUGGAAGAUGCCAUUUGUCAUCGAUUUUUGCCUGCUCUGACUGGACAGUCUGUGUUUGGGAUGGAAAUGAGAGAAGCUCUUUCUCUUCCUUGCAAUCUUGGGGGUCUAAACAUUUCUAACCCGACCAAAAUGUCUGAUAUUUCUUUUCGUGCUUCGCAACAUAUCACUGCACCCCUUGUGCACUCGAUUGUUGCUCAAGAACAGCUAUACACUAUAUCGUCUGCUGACAUGAUAACAAGGAAAAGCGAGAUGAAAUCGCAGAGGCGAAACUUCAAUCGCCAGCUUUUGGAUUCGCUCAAAGACAAUGCAUCCUCUUCUUUGGCUAGAUCGUUUGAAUUAGCCUCAGAGAAGGGUGCAUCAAGUUGGCUUACAGUACAUCCAAUUGAAGAACACGGCUUUCACCUGUCUAAGGGUGACUUCAGGGAUGCACUAUGCUUAAGGUAUGGUUGGAAACUAUCUGAUAUUCCUUAUCAAUGUGAAUGUGGUGAAUCAUUUAACAUCGAUCACUCCAUGGUAUGUAAGAAAGGAGGAUUCCCGACCCUAAGACAUAAUGAAGUCAGAGACAUAACAGCUGAUUUACUACGAGAAGUCUGUCAUGAUGUUGUUACUGAGCCUACCUUGCAACCGCUAUCAGGUGAAAGUUUUAGUUAUUCUACUGCCAACGUAAUGCCGGAGGCUAGAGCGGAUAUCUCUGCUCGUGGCGUGUGGAGGGCUGGAGAAAGAGCAUUCUUCGAUGUAAGGGUAUUCUACCCAAACGCUCCAUCCAGCUUGAAACACCCCAACUUAGAAUCUGCUUUUAGAGUGCAUGAGAAUGAGAAGAAACGUCAGUAUGGUGAGCGAAUACGAGAAAUUGAACACGGAUCUUUUACUCCACUUGUCUUCAGUUCGACAGGAAGCACAGGUCGAGAGGCUACUACGUUCUAUAAGCGCCUUGCAAGUCUCCAUGCAGCAAAAUCGGGUGAACACUACAGCAAAGUUAUGCAGUUGAUAAGAUGCAGGCUUUCUUUUGCUCUUCUACGAUCAAGCAUCUUAUGCAUUCGUGGAACACGAUCCAGUUUCUAUAGACCUAUCAAAGUGGACUUGUUGGGACUCAUUGAAAGUGAGGCCCAUCUAGAUGAGUAGAUGUUGACUAUAGCUUAUCUUGAUAGUUUAGGCAUAAUAACGUAAAGUAGUAACUGUCUCUUAGUGGUAACCAUCUUUAGUUGUUUGUUUUGCUGCGUGGGUGUUAUCUGUCAGCUGCUAAUAUUUGGUGUUUUGGCUUUUUGAAAUAUACUACUACUACUACUACUACUA